AUGGCAAGUGGACGAAUUGUUGUAUACGGUGGCCGUGGGGCUUUAGGUUCGGCGUGUGUAAAUCAUUUUAAAAGCGCCAACUUUUGGGUAGCGAGCGUUGAUCUCCAACCUAAUGAUAAGGCAGAUGUAAAUAUUACUGUACCUGCUGAUUUACCGUGGGCUCAACAGGAAGACCACGUCGUUAAAGAAUUGGGUACAGCAUUGCAAGGUCAGAAAGUGAAUGCAGUGAUUUGUGUUGCCGGUGGCUGGGCCGGGGGCAACGCGGCCAAGGAUUUGGUGAAGCAAACGGAUCUUAUGAUGAGGCAGUCCGUUUGGAGUUCCGUUAUAUCUGCUUCUUUAGCAUCUAAGUAUCUGUCACCCGGUGGAGUUCUGGCAUUAACGGGUGCAAAGGCUGCAUUAGAAGGUACUCCUGGUAUGAUCGGCUAUGGAGUUGCUAAGGCCGCUGUACAUCAACUAACAAAAUCUCUGGGUGCAAAGGAUUCUGGUCUACCAGAAAACUCUCUAGCCGUAGCUAUUCUCCCCGUGACAUUGGACACUGAAAUGAACCGAAAAUGGAUGCCGAAAGCAGAUUUUAGCUCAUGGACCCCACUAUCAUAUGUCGCACAGCUCUUCGACAAUUGGAUUAAGGGAGAAGACCGUCCUCCAAGCGGCAGUCUAGUAGCUCUCGUCACAAAAGAGAAUGUAACCGAUUUGAUUGUAGAAUAA